UUGUGUAUGCGUUUGUAGCAUUGCUGUGAAGUGUACUGUUCUUUAGAAUUAUGUCUUAUCCUCGACAUGGAAUGGAAAACAGUAGCGUUUAUAGUGUUGGUAGUGAGUUUAUGCUUUUUGGCAAUACGGAUUAAAGUGUACCCUGAUAAUAGUAACGCAGAUUCUAAGCUUUUCGAGAAUUAUGUUACACGCUUCAACAAAUCUUACACAAACGAUUCGUCAGAAUACGAGGAAAGAUUUAAACGAUUUCAGAAAUCAUUGCGACACAUAGAAAAAAUGAAUAAUUUGCGGUCAUUACAAGAAAGUGCUUAUUAUGGACUCACUGAAUAUUCUGAUAUGUCGGAAGAUGAAUUUUUGGUACAAACUCUUUUACCUGAUUUACCAGUAAGAGGUGAAAAACAUAUAAAUGCAUCGUAUCACCGAUGGCAUCACUUACGUCAAUAUUCCAAUCGAGUGAAAAGAUCGGCUGGCAUACCUCUAAAAUUUGAUUGGAGAGAUAAAGGAGUAAUUACUCCGGUACGAAGUCAAGGAUCUUGUGGCGCCUGUUGGGCUUUCAGUACCGUUGAAGUUGCUGAAUCAAUGUUUGCAAUAAAAAAUGGCACUCUACAUUCGUUCAGUGUACAAGAAAUGAUUGAUUGCGCGAAAAACAGUAAUUUUGGAUGCGAAGGAGGAGAUAUAUGUAGUUUGCUUUCAUGGUUGUUAAUAACGAAAAUUCAAGUACUUCCAGAAUCAGCUUAUCCGCUUGUAGGAGAGACGGGUACGUGUAAACUCGGGAAAACAAUAGAUAAGACAGCUGGUAUAAAAAUAAAAGAUUUUACGUGUGACAGUUUCGUAGAUGCAGAGGAUGAACUGUUGAUAACAUUGGCCACACAUGGGCCAGUAGCGGCGGCAGUAAAUGCUUUAUCCUGGCAAAACUAUUUAGGAGGUAUAAUACAAUAUCACUGUGAUGGUUCCUUUGAGAAUUUGAAUCACGCAGUGCAAAUUGUAGGAUAUGACAAAUCAACUCCCAUACCACAUUAUAUUAUAAAAAAUUCAUGGGGAUCAAAAUUUGGAGACAAAGGUUAUAUAUACAUAGGAAUAGGCAAUAAUUUAUGCGGUAUAGCGAAUCAAGUUUCAUCAUUGGAUAUUUUUUGAGAUUUUCCGAUGUGAUUAAAGAUAUUUAAAGAAAUCAUUUGUAUUGAUCCUAACAUGUAUAUGGAAUUUGUACUUAAAUGUGUCAUUAAUCAAGGUACCUUGAGACACGACAAUAAUAUUAAUAACGAUAACAUC